AUGUUUGGAGAAGUUGAAGAAGUGAAUGAGCUUGAAUACCAAAGUUAUCUGGCGCAGCAGAAAAGCCUUGUUCGGAAACUUGACUGCACUCUUAUGCCGACUGUUUUCCUAAUGUACCUGUUCAACUAUUUGGACAGGAAUAAUAUCUCGCAGGCGAAGCUGGAUACAUUGAGAAAGCUUUAG